GGAACACAUUGGCUCCAAGACACUUCCUCUGAUUUAGAAAGGCAAGGUCCUGGAUAAGAAUGACAAGAUGAUAAUUCCAAAAGGACAAAUCCUGAUGAUUUUCUCUGGGACUUCUAAUAGAUAAGCUCCUCGCUCCAGAACCAUUGCACUUCCAAGGUAAACUCUAUAUGCGGUCUGUGGCAUUUGCUGAUAAUAAGAAUUUGCCUCUUUCAAAAUUAUAUUCAGUCAUGGAUGCUAAUGACGACUCCGAUGAAGAUUAUCUUACAAGUUAUGAUGUACAGCUCAGUAUUCAAGAAUCCACUGAAGCCAGCAAGACUGUAUUUUAUCCUGAAAGAUUUGUACCACUAAGUGAUCAAACGAGAAAGCUGGUGGAGGCCAUAAAGCAAGGUUGCAUUCUUGAGCUCCAGGAGUAUGUGAAAUAUAAAUAUGCAUUGGAUGAAGCUGAUGAAAAAGGAUGGUUUCCAUUGCAUGAAGCUGUUGUUCAACCCAUUCGACAAAUACUUGAGGUUGUCCUGGAUGCAUCCUAUAAGACGCUCUGGGAGUUCAAGACCUCUGAUGGAGAAACACCCUUGACUUUGGCAGUCAAAGCUGGUCUGGUGGAAAAUGUAAGAACCUUACUAGAGAAAGGAGUGUGGCCAAACACCAAAAAUGACAAAGGAGAGACACCCCUUCUGCUUGCUGUAAAAAAGGGCUCCUAUGACAUGGUGUCUGUCCUGCUUCAACACCACACCAGCCUUGACCAGCCCUGUGUCAAGCAAUGGUCAGCAAUGCAUGAAGCAGCCAAACAAGGCCGCAAAGAUAUAAUAGCUCUACUACUAAACCACAGAGGCAAUGUCCACCUAAGAGACAGAUUUGGAGUCACCCCGUUAGGUGUUGCGGCCGAGUAUGGUCACUGUGAUGUGUUGGAACACCUGAUCCACAAAGGAGGGGAUGUGCUUGCUUUGGCGGAUGACGGGGCAUCAGUGCUGUUUGAGGCAGCAGGAGGGGGCAACCCUGACUGUGUCUCCCUCCUGCUGGAAUAUGGAGGAAGUGGAAACAUACCUAACAGAGCAGGGCAUCUUCCUAUACACCGAGCUGCCUACGAGGGACAUUAUCUUGCACUGAAAUAUCUUAUUCCAGUAACAUCCAAACAUGCAAUCCAGAAAAGUGGGCUAACACCAAUUCACUCAGCAACAGAUGGACAAAAUGCGCAGUGCCUAGAACUGCUUAUUGAAAAUGGCUUUGAUGUCAAUACGCUGCUUGCUGACCACAUUUCCAAGAGCUAUGAUGAUGAACGGAAGACUGCCCUCUAUUUCGCCGUUUGCAAUAAUGAUAUCCACUGCAUAGAAGUCCUCCUGGCUGCAGGUGCAGACCCAAACUUAGAUCCCCUCAACUGUCUUCUUGUGGCAGUGAGGGCCAACAAUCAUGAAAUUGUCAGGCUGCUUCUCGCCCAUGGAGCUGAUGUCAAUUGUUAUUUCAGGCAUGUGAAUGACACUCAUUUCCCCAGUGCCAUUCAGUAUGCCCUAAAUGACGAGGUAAUGCUCAGGCUGUUGCUGAAUAACGGCUAUCAAGUGGAGAUGUGCUUUGACUGCAUGCACGGGGACAUCUUUGGAAAUGCGACUGUAUGGUCAGAGAUAGAGGAAGAGGUACUGCCGAGAUGGAUGUCUUGUGUCAUAAAAGAUAACCCGUUCUGUGAGUUUAUUACAGUUCCUUGGAUGAAACACUUGGUAGGGCGCGUUAUUCGUGUAUUAAUGGAUUACAUGGAUUAUAUCCCUCUGUGUGUUAAACUGAAAUCUGCACUAGAAGUACAGAGAGAAUGGCCAGAAAUCCGUCAAAGACUAGAGAAUCCCUGCUCCUUAAAGCAUUUAUGUAGGUUAAGAAUUCGAAGACUUAUGGGACUCCAGCGACUCUGCCAGCCAGCCUCAAUGGAGAAGCUCUCUCUGCCACCAACUAUUCAAAGAUACAUAUUAUUUAAAGAGUAUGAUCUCUAUGGACAAGAGCUAAAAUUGCCAUAAUUUAAAAUAAUAUUUUUAAAUGUGAUUUUAAAAAUGUGUUUAAAUGAGAUUCCUUCAGAGAAUUUCUUGGAACCAUUUUACACCCUUAUGUGCAUUUAAAUCCACUGACAAUUUUAUAACUGGAUCCUGGGUUCUUUGGGAGCACCAUAUUUUACAUCUCUAAGGACCUUUUACAUUGUGAUUUUUUAAAGCUAGUCAAUAUUUUGUAUUAAUUGUCUUCACUUGCAAUAAGUCUUCAAACUCUCCUUAUCAAGUGACUCCCACAAUACCCAUGAGCAAGUCUCUCCUAUGUUUAUAAAACAAAGAACCACUUUCUCAAACCCACAUCUCCAGCCAGUUGCUGCCCCAUUCUCUCCUUUCUUUUAUCGCCACACGGCGUAAAGGAGCUCUUUCCUGUCUGCAGAUUCACUCACUGUAAUCUGGCUUCUGCUCCUUCCACUGCCCUUCUCAAGGUCCUUAACAACUUGCUUGUUGCUAUUUUCAAUGAGCAUCCUUCAGUGCUUUCAACUGAUUCCUGCAGCAACUGACUGAUUGCCUGCUGCCUCCAGGAAACAGUUCUCCGGAUACCUUGCUCUCUUGGCUCUCUUCCCACCCCUCUGGCCGCUCUGUCUCUGGCUUCUUUCUGCAUUGCUCAUCUCCUGCCAACUCUUUAGUAAUACGUCUUAAGUCCCCUUUUUUCAUGCUAAGUUCCCUGGGAAAUUUCAUCCAUGUCCAUGGUUUCGUUUACUAUCUACGUGCUGUCGGAUGUAAAAUUUAUAUCCGAAGUUCAGCUUUCUCUCACGUGCUUGAGACCUGUGUAGACAAUUGGCCUAAAGGAACUUUGAAUACAAAGAUACCUCAAAUUCAGCAUGUCCCAAAAUGAACCCACCGUCUUCCUCCCCAAAAAGGCUCCUUCUCUUACCAUCUCUAGCUCAAUAGUUAACCCAAUUAUCAAUUCAGUUUCCCAAGUCAAAAGGCUGGACAUCAACCUUGACCAUCCCAUUUUCUUUACCCAAUAUAACAAAUCACCAAGUCCUGGUAAGUGUAUUUCAUGAAGUCAUCUUCUACUCAGUUUCACUAACUCAGCCCAAAUACCAGCUAUUAUCUCCUUUCUUCCUGGGACACUGUAGUGCUGCCCAACUGGUCCUUCUCCCUGCUAUCUUGCCUCAUCUAACACACAUUCUACACAUAACAUCCCAGAGUAAUCUUUUACAAAUGUAAGCAAGUUUCACUCCCCUCUUAAAAUCAUUCUCAUUGCUCUUAGGUAAAGUCCAAAAUUCUUCCAUGGCCCUUCAUGAUCUAACUCCCUGCCUUCCUCCUUAGCCUUAUCUCUUGAUAUCUCCCUUACCCCUCCUCUUUAACCAUGUUAAACACCUUUUAGAAGUUUAUUCUUUGAACAGUGAUUCCCAGAUUUUUCGAUUUUAUAUGUUAGUAGUUUUUAGUAAUUUAAAAAAUAGGGUCAUCUAUUUAUCACUGUCAUUUCAUAAAAGAGGGGUCAUUUUAAUGCCAGAAAAUGGGGCUGCCUUAAACUCAGUUAUUAAAAUUGAAUGACUUUAGGGGAAUUCCCUGGCAGUCCAGUGGUUAGGACUCCAAGCUUCCACUGCAGGGGUCACUGGUUCGUUCCCU